AGAAUAUUUUGUCGGUACCGGUACGUGUCUGUGUCGCGCAAGUCCGUAAACGUCUAUGUGAUCAGUGCGGUUGCCGGUUAGUAAGAAUAUGAAUACAGCGAACGUGCGUGUACAGACGGCAAAACAUUUUUGAGCAAAUGAAUAACUUAAAGUUAAUCGAAUUAGUCAGAGGAUAUACCUAUAUUUAUGAUAUGACUGACUACAGAUAUAGUGACAAUCAACUUCGAGAUGAUGCGUGGAAAGAAAUAGGAGAAAUACUUCAAAUUAAACCUAAAGACUGCAAGAGGAUAUGGGCUACAUUACGCGAUGCAUACCGACGCUCUGUAAAGAAACAAAAAGAACAACAAAGUGGAGAAUUUACCGGAGUAAUAAGAAGAUGGAGAUAUGAGAAACAGAUGUCCUUUCUGUUGCCCUAUAUGAGAGAAAGAUCUAAAUCCGAUCAAGAUCCUCUUGGCACCUUUAAAUUAUCCAAAGAAGAAAACCACAGUGAUAUUGAAGAAAACGGUUCCGACGACGAUAUUGAAAGAACGGCUUUUCUCGAAGUUAGUAUGCCAGAAAAAUCAUCACUUCUAAGGCAAACAACAUCGUCACAAAGCGGCAAUAGGCCAAAACCAAAACGAGCUAAAUUUGGUGAAACGAUCGCUCCGCAAUCUACUUCCAGUGAGACGCCUCCAACUUCCCUGAAUCAAUUCGUUCCAGAAAAUAAAACAGAGACGAAUGAUAUCCAGCAAUUUUUUGACAGUGUGGCUACCACAGUUCAGACUUUCCCUCUUCGAGAUAGAGCUGUAGCAAAAGCUAAAGUAUUUUCAGUGAUAUCUGAAAUGGAGCUCGAAAUUCUAAGUAGAGAUUCGAAUAUCUAUUCUGAAUAUGUAGAUACACCUGAAACUUAUAAUACUUAAAUAUCGGAACUACGUAAUGAUUUCUGUAAUAUACUAUCUUUACAGACUUAAUUAUCAGGAUCACCGGAUGUGAACAAUGAACAAUCCGUCGGGAACUACACUAAGUAUUCGAAAAGGACCAGAGGACGCCCAAGAGUCAUCUACAUAUAUGCACUUACAAAUUAGUUUACGUUUUAAGCCCUAUACUUAUUUAAAUAAAAAUAAAUAAAAUAAAUAAA